GAGUGUAUCUCUAUCCACGUGGGGCAAGCAGGUGUCCAGAUUGGCAAUGCCUGCUGGGAACUGUACUGUCUUGAACAUGGAAUUCAGCCUGAUGGUCAGAUGCCAAGUGACAAAACCAUUGGCGGUGGGGACGACUCAUUCAACACAUUCUUCAGUGAGACUGGCGCUGGCAAGCAUGUGCCCAGAGCAGUGUUUGUGGACCUGGAGCCCACUGUUGUUGAUGAAGUGCGCACGGGGACCUACAGGCAGCUGUUCCACCCAGAGCAGUUGAUCACAGGGAAGGAAGAUGCAGCCAAUAAUUAUGCCAGAGGCCACUACACCAUUGGCAAGGAGAUUGUGGAUCUGGUUCUGGACCGGAUCCGCAAACUGGCAGAUCUGUGCACAGGACUGCAAGGCUUCCUCAUCUUCCACAGCUUUGGGGGUGGCACUGGCUCUGGGUUUGCAUCUCUGCUCAUGGAACGGCUCUCAGUAGACUACAGCAAGAAGUCCAAGCUGGAAUUUGCUAUUUACCCAGCCCCUCAGGUUUCCACAUCUGUGGUGGAGCCCUACAAUUCCGUCCUGACUACCCACACAACCCUGGAACACUCUGACUGUGCCUUCAUGGUGGACAAUGAAGCUAUCUAUGACAUCUGUCGACGCAACCUGGACAUUGAACGCCCCACAUACACCAAUCUCAAUCGUCUGGUUGGCCAGAUCGUGUCCUCCAUCACUGCCUCCCUGCGUUUUGAUGGGGCUCUGAAUGUGGACUUGACAGAAUUCCAGACCAACCUGGUACCAUACCCCCGCAUCCACUUCCCCCUGGCCACUUACGCUCCAGUCAUCUCUGCUGAGAAGGCCUACCAUGAGCAGCUGUCCGUGGCUGAGAUCACCAAUGCUUGCUUUGAGCCAGCCAAUCAGAUGGUCAAGUGUGACCCUCGCCAUGGCAAGUACAUGGCCUGCUGCAUGUUGUACAGGGGGGAUGUGGUCCCAAAAGAUGUCAAUGCUGCCAUCGCCACCAUCAAGACCAAACGUACCAUCCAGUUUGUGGAUUGGUGCCCAACUGGAUUUAAGGUGGGCAUUAACUACCAGCCCCCCACUGUGGUCCCAGGGGGAGACCUGGCCAAGGUGCAGAGGGCUGUGUGCAUGCUCAGCAACACCACUGCCAUCGCUGAGGCCUGGGCACACCUGGACCACAAGUUCGAUCUCAUGUAUGCCAAGCGGGCCUUUGUGCACUGGUACGUAGGAGAAGGCAUGGAGGAAGGGGAGUUCUCUGAGGCCAGGGAGGACCUGGCAGCACUGGAGAAGGAUUAUGAAGAGGUGGGUGUGGAUUCCAUGGAAGCAGAGGCUGAAGAAGGAGAGGAAUACUGAGUGGGAGGGUGCAGCUGGCAGACAUUCCUGUCUUCCACUGUCUCCUGCCACACAUCAACACGGCUGCCUUCAAGUUGUUUACAAUUA